UGUGAAGGUACUAUAUUCGCGCGCGCGUAAUCCUCUCGGAUGAAAGGGAGUGAGCGUCCAAUGAGGCGCCGGCGUCCGUCCGGUCCCGCCCACCCCUCGCCGCUUUCUAAAAUCCAAGCGGAUUACGUGGGAAAAUCUCCAGCGAGACGCCGGAAGGCGCGUCUGACCCCUCGUCCGUCCUCCGGCAUCCAGAAGCGCGAGCCGGCGUCAUGAGGUAGAAGUCGGCGGAACCCGCAGCCACCCGGGCCGACUGUCGAAGACCUCCAGGACCGCGGAAGCAGGAUGGAGGCCUGGUCCAAAGCGCGCCCAGUUCUGGCGUUGUUCUUCUUGUGGAUUGGAGUUGAAGCGCAGAUGAAGAUACCGCCUGAGACCGUGCAGCAGUGGGCGUCCGUCUUCUCAGCGCAGCUUCGAGACCUUUCCACCAAAUAUUCGGGAUCUCUUCUUCUGCAGAAGAAACUGAAGGACGUGGAGCCCAUCAUCAAGAUGGUGGACAUCGACGGAGUGGACCUGGUCAAGGAUUACGCGGACCGGAUCGAACGCAUGCUGGGCAGCAAAAUGAAGUCGGUCAAGAGGUUGGCCGAGUCUGCGGAGGACGCCGACUUCUACCACGAUUUCAACGCCACCUUGGAGUUCGACUACUACAACUCGAUGCUGAUCAACACGGCGGACGAGGACGGCGACCCCGUGGAGCUGGGGGGGGACUUCCCCCUGGAGGAGAACGAGCACUUCAACAAGAUGGCCGUCAACACCCAGCAGAGCACCAUCCAGGUGCCCACCAACGUCUACAACAAAGACCCCGACAUCCUCAACGCCAUCUACAACUCGGAGGCCCUCAACGACGUCUUCGUGGGAAACUUCCAGAAGGACCCCACGCUCACCUGGCAGUACUUCGGCAGCUCCACCGGCUUCUUCAGGAUCUACCCGGGCAUCAAGUGGACUCCGGACACCAACGGCGUGGCGGCCUUCGACUGCAGGAACCGAAACUGGUACAUCCAGGCGGCCACGUCGCCCAAGGACAUCGUGGUCAUGGUGGACAUCAGCGGCAGCAUGAAGGGCCUGAAGAUGACCAUCGCCAAGCACACCAUCAACACCAUCCUGGACACGCUGGGCGAGAACGACUUCGUCAACGUCAUCGCCUACACGGAUUACGUGCGCUACGUGGAGCCGUGCUUCAAAGGAACUCUGGUCCAGGCCGACCUGGACAACCGGGAGCACUUCAAGAUGCUGGUGGAGGAGCUCCACGUGAAAGGCGAAGCCAAGAUCAAGAACGCCAUGAAAGAAUCCUUCAAGAUCCUCAACGAGGCGCGCGUGAGCGGCCAGGGCAGCAUGUGCAACCAGGCCAUCAUGCUGAUCACCGACGGCGCCAUGGAGGACUUCCGCUCCGUCUUCGAGGAGUUCAACUGGCCCGACCGCAGGGUGCGCGUCUUCACGUAUUUGAUCGGCAGGGAGAUGACCUUCGCCCAGAACACAAAGUGGAUCGCGUGCAACAACAAAGGCUACUACACGCACGUGUCGACGCUGGCCGACGUCCAGGAGAACGUGAUGGAGUAUCUGCACGUGCUGAGUCGGCCGAUGGUCAUCAACCACGAUCACGACAUCAUCUGGACCGAAGCCUACAUGGACACGGUGCUUCCCAAAACUAAGGAGCUGUUCAACACCAAGGCCCAAAGUUUGCUGCUCAUGACGUCGGUGGCCAUGCCCGUCUUCAGCAAGAAGAAAGAGACGCUGUCCCACGGGAUCCUGCUGGGCGUGGUGGGCACCGACGUUCCCCUCAUGGAGGUGAUGAAACUGGCGCCCAGGUACAUGCUGGGCGCCCACGGCUACGCCUUCCUCAUCACCAACAACGGUUACAUCCUGGCGCACCCUGACCUCCGACCUCUGUACAAGGACGGCAAGAAGCUGAAGCCCAAACCCAACUACAACAGCGUUGACCUGUCCGAGGUGGAGUGGGAGGACGCCGAGCAGACGCUGAGGACGGCCAUGGUGAGGGGCGAGACCGGAAGCCGCAGCCUCGGCGUCAGAGCGUCCGUGGAGAACGGGAGGAGGCCUCUCUUCCUGCGCAACGAAUACUUCUACACAAACAUCGACGACACGCCUUUCAGCUUCGGCCUGGUGCUGACCCGAGGUCACGGGAAGGUCAUGUUCGUGGGAAACGUGUCGGUGGAAGAAGGGCUCCACGACCUGACCUCUCCGGACCUCAGCAUCGCCUCCGAGUGGACGUACUGCGAGACGGACAUUGACCCCGCCCACCGCAAGUACACCCAGCUGCAGGCGGCCGUCCGCUACCUGCUGGGCCAGGAACCCGACCUGGAGUGCGACGAGCUGCUGCUGCAGCAGACGUUGUUUGACGCGGUGGUGACGGCCCCCAUGGAGGCCUACUGGAACGCCCUGGCGCUGGACGACAGGGUGGAGUCCGGUGUGGAGACGGCCUUCCUGGGCACCCGCGCCGGCCUGAUGAGGAUCAUGAGAUACGCCAGCCCGGAGACGCGCGUGGCAAAGAAGUUCUUAACCCCGGCGGACCAGGACAACCUGUUCACCGUGGACCACUUCCCGCUCUGGUACCGACUGGCCGUGGAGAACCCGCCCGGAAGUUUCUUCUACUACGCCGUCAACGAUAAAGGGGCGAAGUUCGCGGUGGCCACCACGGCGGUCACGGUGUCGGCGCAAGGGAAGACGGCCGUGGCCGGAGCUGUGGGCCUGCAGAUGUCCUUGGACUUGCUGGAGAAGACUUUCUGGGCCAUCACCCAGCAGGCCGACGACACUGACUGCUCCGGCGUGGACGGCUUGUGCCCCCUCAGCUGCCAAAGCGACGAUCUGAGGUGUUGGCUGGUGGACAAUCACGGUUUCAUCCUGCUGUCCAAGGAGAGGAAGGAGGUGGGCCGCUUCCUGGGCGAGCUCGACGGCGCCGUGAUGUCGACCCUCCUGAAGAUGGGCAUGUACAAAAAAGUGUCGCUGUUCGACUACCAGGCCAUGUGCAAGAACAGCCACCACCACGCCAGCGGCGGGCCGACUCCGCUCGGCCCCUUCUCCGUCGCCGCGGCCAUCGCACGAUGGAUCUUUUCCAACGCGCUCAUGUUCUUGUUGGACUUCAACUUGUGCGGCUUGUGGCACUCGGACUACUUUGUGGACGCCAAGGCUGGCUAUCACACCUCCCACAAGCAGAAGAAGGUGGAGGCGCUGGUCCCGUGCGAGACGGCCUAUCCCGGCUUCACGUACGACGCGUCCGUCAAGGAGGCCAACGGCGUCAUCAAAUGCGGACGCUGCCAAAAGAUGUUUGUGGUCCAGCAGGUUCCGGACACCAACUUGGUUCUGCUGGUGACCGAGGCAAACUGCGACUGUUCCCGCCAGUACGGCCCCAUCCCGCUGGAGCCCAAAGAGAUCAAAUAUAACGCCACCGUCAAGUGCACCCGGAUGAAGUCGCAGAAAGUGCGCAGGCGCCCCGAGUCUUGCCACGCCUACCACCCCAAGGAAAACGCAAAGGAUUGCGGGGGCGCCUCCAGCAUCAGCCUGUCAAUCAAGCUUUUCUCCGCCUCCCUGCUGCUCUCUGGGUCCCUCCCCCGCAUGACGUAAUGACGGCGUUUGGCCAAUCGGCGCUGCUUCCUCAACCAGGAACUACUUUAAUUGGACAAGACGGAGACUGACGUCGUUUCCAGUCAGCGGCGGAAGAUUUCGAGACAGCAAAGCAACUUGUUGCUGUGACGUCAGACAUUUGGGGACAAAGUGUGGCGGCCUCUGCUGGACGGAUUCGAUAGAACCCUUCUCGUGCAGGAAAAUGUACGACCGAAAAAAAAAAAAAAAUUCAUCA